AUGUCGGAUACAGAUGUCUCAAACACAACAAUGUCUUAUGAAAUUGGCAUUGAAAAAAAGAUUCAAAAUUUUGUAGAGACUAAAACUGGUGAAAUUGUGAAUACAGACUUCUCUGAUAACAAUACCAUAAAAAUUGUUCCAAAGGCAAAGCAUGGUUCUGUGGCAUUAGGAAUUCUGUGGAUGAAAGUCUUACAGUACCCCAAAAAUUUUCCUGUCUCAAAAUAUCAAUAUAAAAGAUUUGGGGGUGCCAACAGUACUUAUAACAUUAAACUGAAACUUCCCGAAGUUGCAAUAGAAGUGAACCUUAAGAUAGGCUCAGUGCAGAUAAAAGGAAGUUUUGUUAUUGAAUGGUUUACAAGAUACUUUCAAGAAAUUUUGGAUAUUUAUGAUGGAGUUAUUUCCCACCCUAAACAACAGUCUCAGAUCUAUUCUGAAGAUGAUAUGAAAAAAAUUAAAGAUGAUAUUCAGAGGAGGAAAGAUGCAGGUUAUGACUGGCCAGAUGUUGCUUUAAAAGAUGAUGUUAUUGUCAAUGAUGUACAAGACAGCAUUGGGGUACAAACCAAGAUAAAUAAUGUGGAUGUUGACACUCCUGUCUCUGGUAUAAAAGACUCACAACUGAUGUCUCAUGAAGAGAUUGAUAAAGAAACUGCCAGUUUAACACCAGGCUCAAUCAUUGAAGGCCCAAAACUCUACAAAAUCUGGAGAUCUUUACUGCAUGUAUGGUGUUCUAAUGAACAUUCCACCAUAUAUAUAGCAACACCAAGAAUAGAUGCUACUAGACUUAUUGAAAUCUGCUACUUUUGUCUCAAUCACCGGCAUACAAUGAAAAUAGGCGCCAUCUGCAUUCCUAUGCGAUUUGAUGGAAUAUCAUUAGCAGAAAUUAAAAGUGCAGCUUUGAAAAAAUUCACUCCCCAAGAGCAGACUUAUAUUGAAUACAGAAUUUUUACGCAAUUUCUUUAUCCUUUGCAAAAUUUUGAAGCCAAGUUUUUAGCAUCUUUAAAUGAUGAUGGCAUUGUGGAUAUUUUGGUAACAAGUGGAGAUUUCAAUAAGAGUGGUUUCAGCUCUCAUAAUAAAAAUAUGGUGGUGUUUAAUUCUGUACGAGAGGAAGAAUUCAAAACUAAAUAUUUGAAUCCCAUUAUGGAUUAUUAA